CAUUCCAUUCCAUUCAUACCCCUCCCUCUCUCUCUCUAAUACUGUUUCUCACAAGCCAACUACUAUGGCUGUGAAAUCUCUCUUCAUCGUAUGUUUUAUGUCAGCUUUGAUUCAACUAACCUUGGCUUCUAAGGCCAGGCAUUUCAAAUGGGAAGUGGGUCAUAUAUUCUGGUCACCGGAUUGCCUUGAGAACGUCGUGAUAGGGAUAAACGGGCAGUUUCCAGGGCCAACUAUCCGUGCCAAGGCCGGCGACACCAUCGUUGUGGAACUUACUAAUAAGCUCCACACUGAGGGUGUUGUAAUUCAUUGGCACGGCAUCCGGCAGUUUGGAACCCCAUGGGCAGAUGGAACGGCGGCCAUCUCGCAGUGUGCAAUCAAUCCAGAGGAAACCUUUGUAUACAGAUUUAUAGUUGAUAAGCCUGGCACAUAUUUCUACCAUGGGCAUUAUGGGAUGCAAAGGUCCGCUGGGUUGUAUGGUUCUUUGAUUGUCGAUGUUGCAGAUGGUGAGAAGGAGCCUUUCCAUUACGACGGGGAGCUCAACAUGCUCUUGAGCGAUUGGUGGCAUAAGGACGUGACCGAGCAGGGCCUCGGUCUCUCUUCCAAGCCAUUUCGGUGGAUAGGAGAACCUCAGUCGCUGUUGAUCAAUGGGAAAGGACAGUACAACUGUUCACUCGCAGCGCAUGUUAGCAACAGCUCGUUGCCCUUGUGUCGAAAGCUGCACGGCCACUGCUCGCCCCACGUCCUUCACGUCAUUCCUAACAAAACCUACCGGCUCAGGAUAGCAAGCACCACCGCACUUGCCUCAAUCAACGUCGGCAUCGGACAUCACAAGAUGGUAGUAAUAGAAGCCGACGGAAACUACGUAGAACCGGUGACCGUCGACAACAUCGACAUCUACUCUGGCGAAAGCUACUCCGUCCUAAUCACGACCGAUCAAAACCCAUCAUCAAACUACUGGGUGUCCUUAAACGUAAGAGGACGGAAUCCAAGCACCCCACCCGGCCUAACCAUCUUGAACUACCAUCCCAACUCCCCAUCAAAGCUCCCAACCUCCCCACUUCCCGUCUCCCCUGCAUGGAAUGACUACCCCAAGAGCAAGGCCUUCUCCAACAAGAUCCUCGCCAGGCCCGGCUCCCCCAAACCACCAACCAAACCCAACCGUCGGAUCUUCCUCCUCAACACCCAAAACACAAUCGACGGUUACACCAAGUGGGCCAUCAACAACAUCUCCUUGGUCUUACCCACAACCCCCUAUCUGGGUUCCAUCAAAUACCGUUUGAAAAAUGCAUUCGAUGUUGAGAGCCCGCCGGAAACUUUCCCAAGCGACUAUGACGUGAUGAAGCCGCCAGUGAACCCGAAUUCAACGCACGGCAGUAAUGUGUACAUGUUCAAAUUCAAUAACACGGUGGACGUGAUUCUCCAGAAUGCGAAUGCGUUGUCGGCGGACGUCAGCGAGAUACAUCCAUGGCAUUUGCACGGACACGAUUUCUGGCUGUUGGGAUAUGGAGAAGGGAAGUUCACAGCAGCAGACGAGAAGAAAUUGAAUUUAAAAAACCCACCGUUGAGAAAUACAGCUGUGAUUUUCCCAUACGGUUGGACUGCAUUGAGAUUCGUUACAGAUAAUCCUGGUGUUUGGGCUUUCCACUGCCAUAUCGAGCCUCAUCUGCAUAUGGGGAUGGGUGUGGUCUUCGCCGAAGCUGUCCAUCUUGUUAAGAAGAUACCCAAUGAAGCUUUGGGAUGUGGGAUGACGGCGAAGAUGCUGAUCCGACCUUGAAAAUAGUAGCAUUUGUUUGUUGGGAUUUUCUUCCCCUCUAGUGAAACCAGUGCCAUUGCUCUGUAUGGGUUUUCUUCAGUUAGUUGUUUUGUAAUCUUAUUCAUGUAAUGUAGCAUCUCUAGGAAGUUGUUGUAGAAGGUAUAUAUAGAGAUGGAAAAGCAGUAAUGGUAAUUGAGAUUAUGAUAUUUGUGUU